CCAGCCUCUAGAGGUUUGACGUCACAUGCUUCAGUCACACAUGGAAUUGAUCAUUUCAGUCCAGGUUGCAGGCGCUCGCACAUGCUUGGUUCUCUGUGGUCGGCGGCACACAUUAUCUCGCAUUUAUUGUUUGGCAAGAGACUUGAGUGCGGAUAUUUAAUAUCGCCGAACUAACGGUUUCGUCCUUAACUAGUGUCACAUUUUGUUUGCACGGAAAAUCGACGGAGACGUCUAGACCUCUCGCAAUGAACCCAACUUUUUUACCCCCUCAAAGUCACGGCGUCCUGAAAUCGCUACUGGAAAAUCCAAUGAAACUACCACUGCACCACGAAGAAGUUUUUGCCAAAGAGAGGGAGAAGGAGAAAAAGUUGGAUGAAGACAGAAAUGUGCCGCAAUCUGCUUUCCUGGGUCCAGUCCUCUGGGAUAAAACUUUGCCUUACGACGGGAAUAAUUUUCAGUUGGAGUAUAUGGACCUUGAAGAGUUCCUCUCUGAAAAUGGCAUCCCGUCCAGUCCUUCACAGCAUGACCGAAGCCACAUGCAGCAGCAGCAGCAGCAGCAGCAGGCCCCAGUGUCAGUUAUGGAUCUCAGUAACCCAGCUGCAUCCACCAUCCACACAGGCAUGGUCCCUCAGAGCUGUCUCCAGAGCCCCAGCAAACAGGUGCAUCCUCCAUCACGCAACACUCCCAGUCCGUUUGACCCAGAGUCCGUCCAAGUUCCAGUGAGCUAUGAGCCUGACCCAACAGAUCUGGCUCUGUCCAGUGUACCUGGUCAGGAGACUUUUGACCCUCGCAAGUGCAAGUUCUCAGAGGAAGAGCUUAAGCCUCAACCUAUGAUCAAGAAGGCACGCAAAAUCUUUAUUCCUGAUGACAUGAAGGAUGAAAAAUACUGGGCGAGGCGUAAAAAGAACAACCUGGCCGCUAAGAGGUCACGGGACGCACGACGCCUCAAAGAGAACCAGAUUGCUAUCCGGGCUGGCUUCCUCGAAAAGGAAAACACAGCUCUCCGACAAGAAGUGGCAGAACUGAGGAAAGAGCUGGGGUGCUGCAAAAAUAUUCUAGCAAAGUAUGAAAUGCAACGUGGCCCCAUGUGAAGCCAUGGCCCUGCAGGUCUUGCCCACAGUUUGAAGAACUGUGUAACGAGUAAGGUCACCCAGUCAGCAUCUGCUUUUGCCAACUUUCACCUCAGUCUGUUCUUGGCACUUUAGAAAGCAGAAUACACUUGGUGUGUAUUCAUGUGUGUGUUCCAUAUUUUGUCAAUUUUUUUAAUUAGCAAAACUUUGUCUGUUCCCACUAUAACGAUUAUUUGAUGCAACCAAGAAAACCAGAACCAUUUCUUAUUUCUGUAUUGUACGUUACUUCGACUAAGGCGUGCUGUAGCAUUUCAUUUUUAAAAAUGCCCUUUGUCCGUCUUAAUUCUACAUUUUUACAGUUUUUACUGUAGAAUUUGCAGACUCGGCACCUCCAGUGCGGCGACUCAGUCCCCUUACGUUAUCUCCGCGGGCAUGCCAUGUGUUGUACAUACACAGUUUCAAUGGAUAGUGCUCAGACUAGUGUUAGUGUCUCGUCAAAGGCCUAUUAUUCUCUCAGAGGGAAUGGAAUGUAGCAGGCUUAAUAUAUGAGAAGGGUUAACCUGGGUAAAAUAACUGUUUUAUAAUGGUAUAUAGCUCCAUUCCUGCACAGUUUCUUUAAUUACUUUCCACUUUAUAGGUUUAUAAGCCAGUGCUGACUUCAGGAAUUUUUCUGUCAGUAUUAGGAUAAAUCUUAAAGAUAAAUACAGCUGUUACUCCUCUUGGACAGAAGGUUUUUCAAAUAAUCUGAAUAAUUUUUUUAUUUUUUUUUUUUUAUUUUUUUUUCUCUGGCUAACUUUCACAUUACUCCUGUAAUACUCUAUAAAGUCUAGAGAGCUUUUCCUGGUAUGUCAUGGUGGAUUAUUAUACUAAAUCUGUGGCAAUAAUUCUAUUUUAUUUAGAAUGUAACAUGAUGAUAUGACUUAGGAAAUAUGUUUGUACAGUGUUGUAUAUGAAAUAUCUAUGUUAGUGUUUAAAUGUUUUUUUGAGAUUGUGAUCAGUUGAAAGUUACAUAGAACAAGCUACAUUCUGGACAUUAAUAAUGAAAGCCAGGUUUGGAAACUUGAGCAAAGUAUCUCCAUUAGCUCGAUAUUAUUUCAUUCUCAGUUUAGAAGAAUGUAAUCCUAGGAACAAUGAAAAGGCUGGGACAGACAGGAAAAUUGUACAUAUAGUGUGCGUGUGCGUGUGUGCGUGUGCGUGCGUGCGUGUGUGCAUGGUAUUUUCUCAUUUGUAGAGACAGUUGACUACAAUGGGGAACAAAAAAGAAGCAUUAAAAUCUCACUUUAGCUUGAUGGAAUUUUGCAUGGGCAUUAUUAAAGUAUAAACCAAAAUGUUAAUUUAAUGCAUUUAAGUCUCUAGAAAUUUCUUUGCUGUUGUGACCAAGUAAUACACUGAAACUGUGUAUUGGCGAUAACCUUUCAUAAGACAUUGAAAGGUGAAUAAAUCUGGUUUUCUUGCUGGUAAACUAUUUUUAAUUCUUCUGGAAGGAUUAUUUGCUUGCUGUACUUGAUGAAAGUAGUAAUUGUUGAUUUUGAAGAUCUGACAUAGAGCAUAUAUUAUUUUCAAAUUACUGCAUGUUUAACUUUGGUAGAAAUCUCAGAUUAUUUAUUGUCUUUUCAAAAUAUGUUUUUUUGUUUUUGUUUGUUUUUUUUUUGUUUUUUUUGGUUUUGUUUUAAUUGCUCAUGACCAAAAUAAAUGAUUUAACAUGAUUCCUGGUCAUAAUUUCUAUGGCUUUUAAUGAG